AAUCACCCCCGAACCAAAGAUGCUACGAAUAAGCUCUACAACGCUCUCCCUCCCUCAAUUCUCGGUAAUAGCCCACCUCCAAGCCUUCCGCGCUGCAGCCGCUCUGGGGAAUGGCACGGCACCCGCGUCCCUCACCCGCGGAAUGGCGAGGAAGUCAAAAUCGAAAAAGGGCGCUCCGACCGACGUUCGAAUUAGUGAGUAGUUUUGCGACCCAUCUCGAUUGUGACUAACGACUCGGUGUUUGGCAGAAUUAAUCCGCUACUCCCUCUACCACCCUAAGACCCCCCGCCCGCUUCGAUUCGGCACAAUGCGCAUGCUCCGGCACUGGACGAUCCAUCGGGCCUGGAGAUUGUACCAGACCGCGCAGCAGAAGGAGCGGGAAUACGAGCUCGAGAGGCAGUACAAUAAGAUGAGGGAUGCGUGCGAGGAAUUGAGGCUUACGAGCCCGGGUCUUUACGAGAGGGCGGUUGCGAAGUCAAUUUUUCGGUAUCCGAUUGUGGAAUUCCGGAUCCCGACUGAUACGCCGUCGAAGAUUGGGUGGAAUCACGAGUGGAAGAGGGGGUGACUGGGGUGAUUGGGGGGACAAGUGGAGGGGGGUGCCGGAUGUAUAUAUAUAGAGAAAUUAUGGCAUGAAUAGAUGGGGUUUUUUUCCCCUG